AUGCAUGGAGACAGUUCUGACCCACGACCACUGGCAAUUGACAAGGGUACUAUCACCCUGACUGUCUUCUUACUUCUUUUGUGCCUGGUGGCGGUGGUGGGUAAUGGCCUCAUCAUCGCAGCCCUGAGCGUGCAGUGGUUGCUUCGGAGAAUGCUGUCACCUUGUGACAAGUUGCUGGUGAGCCUGGGAGUCUCUCGCUUCUGUCUGCAGUGGGUGGUGAUCACUAAGACCAUUUAUAUUUUCCUCCACCCCCAGGCCUUCCCAUAUAACCCUGUGUGGCAGUGUCUCUCCUUCCAGUGGGACUUCUUGAAUGCUGUCACCCUGUGGCUCUCGGCCUGGCUCAGCAUCUACUACUGUGUGAAAAUUGCCACCUUCACCCAGCCAGUCUUCCUCUGGCUGAAGCGUAAGGUGUCCGGGCUGGUUCUGUGGAUGCUUCUUAGCUCUGUGGGCUUCUCCAGCUUCAGCGCUGUGCUGUUUUUAAUUGGUAAUCAUCAGGUAUAUCAGAACUACUUAAAGAGAAAUCCUCAGAUUUGGAAUGUGACCGGAGAUGCUGUAAGAAGAUCCUACGAGAGAUUCUACUUCCUUCCCCUCAAACUUGUCACCUGGACGGUGCCAGUAAUGGUCUUCCUGGUGGGCAUGGGUUUGCUCCUUUCAUCUCUGGGAAGACACACUUGGAAGACCAUCCCGUUCAUCUUGGGUGGUGACAACCUCAGCACCCAGUCUCACGUCAAGGCCCUGCUGGCUCUGGGUUCCUUUGCUGUGCUCUUUGUUUCGUACUUCCUGUCACUGCUGCUCAGUGCUGCAGGGAUUUUUCCUUCUGAGGAGCUUAGAUACUGGGUGUGGCAAGCAGUGAUUUACCUGUGCGCAGCCAUCCAUCCCAUCGUCCUGCUCCUGAGCAGCCCCAGACUGAGAGCUGUGCUGAGGAAGGUCCACUUCUCCAGAAGGUGGCCAUCUUGA